GGGGUGGCCGAGAGCCGCGGGGCGGGGGCCGCGGCCGGUGGCCCGGGGCAGAGCUUGCAGGCAGCAUGGCGGGGCUGCGCGCCGGCCGGGGCUCCGGGCUCGGGCUCGGGCUCGGGCUGCUGGCGCUGUCCGCGCUCGGCUGCUGUCUGAUGCUGCCAGUCGGAGCCAAGAGGCCCCCCAAGACGCCCCCCUGCCCGCCCAGCUGCUCCUGCACCAGGGACACCGCCUUCUGCGUGGACUCUAAGGCAGUGCCCAGGAACCUGCCCUCCGAGGUCAUCUCUCUGACGCUGGUGAAUGCUGCCUUCUCUGAGAUCCAGGAUGGAGCGUUUUCCCACCUGCCACUGCUGCAGUUCCUGUUACUCAACUCCAACAAGUUUACUCUGAUUGGAGACAACGCUUUCACAGGACUGUCACACCUCCAGUACCUCUUCAUUGAGAAUAAUGACAUCUGGGCACUCUCCAAGUUCACCUUCAGAGGACUCAAGUCUUUGACACACCUAUCACUGGCCAACAAUAACCUGCAGACACUGCCUAGAGACAUCUUUCGGCCCCUGGACAUCCUGAGUGACUUGGACCUGCGGGGCAACUCGCUCAACUGUGACUGCAAGGUAAAGUGGCUGGUGGAGUGGCUGGCACACACCAACACCACUGUGGCCCCCAUCUAUUGCGCCAGCCCUCCUCGCUUCCAAGAGCACAAGGUGCAGGACCUGCCACUGCGGGAAUUCGACUGCAUCACCACGGAUUUCGUGCUGUACCAGACCCUGCCUUUCCCAGCAGUGUCAGCCGAGCCCUUCCUUUACUCCAGCGACCUCUAUUUGGCUCUGGCCCAGCCAGGUGCCAGUGCUUGCACUGUCCUCAAGUGGGACUAUGUUGAACGGCAGCUUCGAGAUUAUGAUAGAAUCCCAGCCCCCUCCGCGGUGCACUGCAAGCCAAUGGUGGUAGACGGCCAGCUGUACGUGAUUGUGGCCCAGCUGUUUGGUGGCUCUUACAUUUACCACUGGGACCCCAACACCACGCGCUUCACCAAGCUGCAGGACAUCGACCCACAGCGUGUGCGCAAGCCCAACGACCUAGAGGCUUUCCGCAUCGACGGCGACUGGUACUUUGCCGUGGCCGACAGCUCCAAGGCAGGGGCCACCAGCCUCUACCGCUGGCACCAGAAUGGCUUCUAUUCCCACCAGGCCCUGCAUGCCUGGCACCGAGACACCGACUUGGAGUUUGUGGAUGGUGAGGGCAAGCCACGGUUGAUUGUGUCCAGUAGCUCGCAGGCACCUGUGAUCUAUCAGUGGAGCCGCACCCAGAAGCAGUUUGUGGCUCAGGGUGAGGUGAGCCAGGUGCCCGAUGCCCAGGCUGUGAAACACUUCCGUGCCGGGCGCGACAGCUACCUGUGCCUCAGCCGUUACAUCGGCGACUCUAAGAUCCUGCGCUGGGAGGGCACCCGCUUCUCCGAGGUGCAGGCCCUGCCCUCCCGGGGCUCCCUGGCCAUGCAGCCCUUCCUCGUGGGUGGCCGCCGCUACCUGGCGCUGGGGAGUGAUUUCUCCUUCACGCAGAUCUACCAGUGGGAUGAGGGGCGCCAAAAGUUCGUGCGGUUCCAGGAGCUGGCUGUGCAGGCCCCACGGGCAUUCUGCUACAUGCCUGCGGGGGACGCUCAGCUGCUCCUGGCCCCCAGCUUCAAGGGACAGACGCUCGUGUACCGGCACGUAGUGGUGGACCUCAGUGCCUAGAGCGGUGCCAAGUCCUCUGGGCGCUCGGGUGGCCCCUGGAGGCUAGCAUAGAAGUCUCUGUGUGAGCAGCAUGUGUGCCUGUGUGAAGACACAUGUAACCAACCUGCAUACGUGCCCUCACAGAUGCCCCCCGUGUCCCCCGUGAGCAUGGGCACACACUGUGGACUAGCCCAGGGGAGCCGCUUACCAUAGUUGUGACAGCAUGAAGACUUGUAUAUGCACCAGGCAAGCCGGCGGCCCUGUGCCCUCUCAUGUGUGGGCACAUGUCGGCCCCACACCCCUACCUAAAGGCCCCCUGCCCUGUGAUCUGCCACUUUCCCGUGCUCUGGCCCCAGGGGAAGAGUGGGAGGGGCAGAGCCACCCCCUCCUCCUGUUUUUCGGCUUAUCUUCUCAGCUCUCUGGCCUCUCCUUGUCGGUGCUCCAGGUGUGUGUUUAUCUACUCACGCUCCGCAUUGCAGCCCACGGCCACAUCCUUCACCCUACUGGGUUCACUCACCAUGCUGUCCUCCUUGUGCAUGCACCCAGGGACGCUGAUGGACACCCUCAGUUACACAUGCACACGCACCUGUUGACAUUCCCACUUCUGUGUGCAUAUGUCCAGAUUCAGUGUGGCCUAAGGACGGUCUCCUUCAUCACCUUGACUCUUUUCUUGGAGAAGGCACACAGCACCUGCCCUCCUCUGCUCAUCCCUGGUGUGCCUACCCUGUAGCUGAUAAGGAUGAGAAUGGUGGUGCCUGCCUCUGGGUACCAGCUUGGUCUCCCGGGGGCAAAGCCCCUCUGCCCAAAGCAAUAACAAAGCAGACCCUGAGUUCUUCUGGGGGCUCUCUCUGUUCUCACUAGAGUUUCCUGCUCUGAGCCUGAAUCCAGCUCACCUGUGGACAGGAGACCACCUGGAAAAAAGCCUUUCAGUUCUUCUUUACUCUAGCUGCCCCAGCUUCAGACCACCCAUUGGUUCAGCCCCACCUCUGGGCUGUGGUGGUUCAAGAGCUGGCCACUCCGGGGGCUCUGCAAGUACCUGGGCCAACUGGGUGGGUGCCAAGAGUGGAAUAGAGCUAGAGAGCAUCUUAGGGAUCCUAGGGCUUCUCCGAUCCACAGAGGCAGGCCGCAGGCAUUGCCUUUUAUUGCAAGCUGAGCGAUAGAGGGGGUGAGGGUCCGGUAGAAGCAGCACCUGGGAGCCAAGCUUCUGCUGCCCUCUGCUGUAUGCUGGGAAUAGACAGCUCUGAGCUGCAAGGCCAGUGGAGAAGGCAUGGGGUGGGGAAACUUCUCUGUGUCCAGACUGUGUGAGGGCCUACUGGUGGCAGGAUGCCCAGGAGCACUCAGGGGCAAUGUGAUGAUUCACUGCUGCAAAUAAAAAUUUCCCACCCCAUUACUGACUCUCAGGUGUCCAAUGGCUACAGUGAGAGGCAGCUGUUUCACUAAGAACAGAGCCAGGGCUGUGCUCUCUCUGUCCCUACUGUUUUUAGGGGGCCAGCAUCAGCGUUCAGACCCCCUUCUUCCUUGCUUUUUUCCAGAGGUGCAAGUGGGUACCCCACGAUCAGCUGGUGCUGGGGUCAGGAGUUCAUGGUGAUGACACUCGGGUGCAGAGCAAGUGUGACUACUACCUGAGUCUACCACCUGGGGCUGAUUCAUGACCCAAAUGUUCUUCCUGGAGCUCCCAGUCUUGGGGCCCCACCGAGACUACAGAAGAGAUACAAAGCAUGCAAUCCUGUCCCUCUGCCAGGUCAACUCCAACCAACAUGGCCAAAGACAAGCGCAGCAGUCCCUCUCCUCACCUCUCCCCUCCACUCCACUACUGCCAGCCCUUGCCCUAGGUGUGAGAUUUCAAGCAAGUCCACUGAGUUCCGUGGCCCUUGGUUUCUCCUUCUGUGAAGUAGAUAAAACCUACUCUGUCAACUCUUAAUUCUGCUACUUAGCAGCAGGCGUGGCCUCAGCCAUGUUAUUUCACCCAUUUGUAUCUCCGUUUCCUCAUCUAUAACAUGUGGAUAAUCAAGACACCUAGCUGACACGGUUAGUGUGAGAUUUACAUGCAUGAAAUGUAUAAUAUAUUCGUAUAUGGAUAGCCCAUGGAAUAGUGUGUCUGACACAGACUUGUGACUUGUAUUGGUCCUUGGGUCUCCAUGAGAUGCAGAGGUGGCUCAGAGAAGGGUACUUAGUGGGAAAGGAGGCUGAUCUUUGGAGAGAACUGCUAUCUGUGGACCUGGGUUUCUUAUCCAUCAGUCUCAGAGCCCCUGAGCCCUAUGUCUCACCUGUAGCCUCAGGUGCCCAGACAAACCUGCCCCUGGCCAAACCUCACAAUGGUGAAUCUCACAGGUGCCAUGUCUGGGGUUCCACCUCUUGAAACCAUAUCCAUAUGCUCUUGGCUUAGCAGGUGCCUCACAGGUCCCCCAGCCACACUAUCCUGGGAAUUCCUGCUCUGCUUUCUCAAACGGGGAAUGGCCCUUCACGCUGUGCCAGGGAGAAGUUGCCAAGGGAAGUGGGUUGAGCCUCCCAGAUACAUUGGCACUCUGUUGCCCGGUAGAAAGAUAAACAUCAUUCUGACUGUCACUCCCCCUAGGACUCCUUCCAGGGGUGGGAGACACUCCUCCUCUUGAAUGCCACAGGGAAUGAGGCCUGCUGUAUGCCUGCCUGGUCACCUGCCCUGGGGGUCAUCUGUGUGUCCAGAGAGUUGCUUAGCAAUCCAGUGUAGCUGGGUAACUAUGUCAACAUCUCAUGACCAAAGGCCAUGAGAGACAGAGUCCACUCACUCUGCAGAGCUGAGGAUGACACCCCUCAGCUCCCAGCCGCACACCCCUCCACGCUGGGCCCUGCUCCCAGGAGCACACCUCUGAUGUCCAUUAGAUUUCCUAGUGCCGUUAUGAGGACCAGGAGUCUCUAUGUGAGAGCCCUUCCCCUCCAGGGUGGUCUUUUGGGGAGAGAGGUCUUAAAGUGGGCACAAGAGAGCUCUUCACCAGCAAGUGAGGGUAGAUGCUGAGGUCAGGUCAGGUGACUCUGGAAGGCAGCCAGGGAGGACGUGGUUCUUCAGCAGGGACCAAAGGGCCCGCGGUGCACAUGCACACAGCCCAGGCACCCUUAUCUCCCGAGGAACGGGUGCUCUUCCCUCUACCGCAGCCCCCUGCUCCUCCUGAGCUGGCCCCCUAUGGAGUUACCACAUCCUUUUUUCUAGGCGCAGAUUUUCACAACGUCUGUGGCUAGAGAUGGAGGGUGGGACUCUGGCUCUUGGAGUUUCUUGUUCUUCCAACAUAGGGUAGGAGAGAGGCCCAGGGUGAGGGGGUGGUUAGAUGGGAAAGAGGGAGGCCUCAGGGAAGUUUCUCCUGUGGGUCAGUUUCACUGCUAGCUCUCACACCCCACAUCACCAAUAAAAUGGAUGAUAGUAAUUAAGACUACAUAAUUACCUUGUGUUUAUUUAUUCCCAGGAAGCCUCCUUUCCCUGGCCCCCAUCAUUAUUUAUUCCAUCCUCUCAAUAGGUGAUGGGAGUUAACUAUGGCUCUAAUAAAAAGUAAUAACUGUUCAAGUUUCCCAUCCCCAUGGUUCUAGGUAACUCUGCUGCCAGCCCCGUGAAGCAGGGGGGAGGCUGCGCAGGGUGAAGGGCACAGUCCCCAUUGUCAGCGGGAGGAAUGGGGCACUGUGCAGAAGAGAUACAAAGCAUGCAAUCCUACAUAC